AGCUCCAUCGCUCAGUAUAUAAAGCAGCACAACGACGGAAGGAGGACGGCUGGGGAUUCGCAGCCCGGGAUUGUAAAUAAGACCGCUUAAACUGUGUUUUAUUUACAAAAGUGAUGCCGGCUGUUUUACAAUAUCGUUCCCAGUUGUUUUAAAUCGUUUUUCGUAAUUUUUGGCUCUAUUUCUCGCCUAUUCCCGUGUGGUCUUUACACUACGCGUAUAAUGGCGAGCUCGGCUAACUCGAACCCAGUGCCUAAGCUGUAUAAGUCUGUGAUUGAGGAUGUGAUCAGCGAAGUGCGAGAGCUGUUCCUGGACGAGGGAGUGGACGAGCAAGUGCUUCUGGAGCUGAAAACGCUAUGGGAGAACAAGCUGUUGCAGUCCAAGGCGGUGGAGGGCUUCCAUACCGAGGAGCAGGCAGCCCUGCAAGCGGCUGCACACCAACAGCAGCAGCAGGUCCAACAGGUCCAACAAGUCCAGCAAGUGACCCAGCAAGCACAGACCCAGCAAGUCAUCCUGCAAAAUGCUCCCCAGCAGCAGCAAGCUCCCCAGCAGCAAGUUAUUGUUCAGGAUUCUAAGAUGCUACAGCACAUGAGUGCAACAGGGAUGAGUGCAGCAGCUGCUGCAGCAACCCUUGCUUUGCCCACAGGGGUCACUCCAUACCAAUCGCUCAUCACCAGCCAAGGUCAGAUCCUGCAGGUGGUCCGGGCCGCCAAUGGGGCUCAGUACAUCAUCCAGCAGCCACAGCAGCAAAUCCUCUUGCAGCAGCAGAUGCAGCCUGGUGGCGUUCAGGCACCUGUCAUACAACAGGUCCUGGCUCCUCUGCAGGGGGGCCUACCCCAGCAAACAGGAGUCAUCAUCCAGCCACAGCAGAUUGUCUUAGCUUCAGGAAACAAAGUACCAGGCAAUACACAGGUGAUGCAGGCAACAGCUAUGGCAGCACCGACUGGUCAGGCAGCAACAGCAGCUCAGGUCCAGCAGGUCCAGCAGGUCCAGCAGGUUCAACAGGUUCAGCAGGUCCAGCAGAUCCAGCAGGUCCAGGUCCAGCAGGCUCAGGAUGCUGCUGUCUCACAGGGUCAGCCACAGGCUCAGCAGCAGGCACAGCCCCAGGCUCAACCCCAGCCUCAGGCACAGCAGCCUCCCAUGAUGCUGCAGGUGGAUGGAAAUGGCGACUCCUCCUCAGAGGAGGAUGACGAUGAGGAGGAGGAGUAUGACGAGGAUGAUGAAGAGGAGAAGGACAAGGAGGGGGGAGAGGAUGGGCAGGUGGAGGAGGAGCCUCUGAACAGCGGGGAUGAUGUCAGUGAUGAGGAGGACCAGGAGCUGUUUGAUACAGAGAAUGUAGUGGUGUGCCAGUAUGACAAGAUUCACAGAAGUAAGAACAAAUGGAAAUUCCACCUGAAGGACGGGAUCAUGAAUCUGAAUGGCAGAGACUUUGUCUUCUCUAAAGCCAUUGGUGAUGCAGAGUGGUGAAGCCGGAAGGAGAGGAAAACAGACAAAGCAACAGGAGCAGGAACUUCUAUCCAGUUAUCGACACUUCAGUAUCCUUCCAUAUCCUGUGACUGGAUUCAUUUCAGGAAAUGUUGUCUGAGUCUUUGAGAUCUCUGACAAACCCAAAGGACUGUGAGGUACUGUAAAAAACAAACUGUUGUCAAAGACACUCAACUGGCCUUGCAAGAUGAGAGUCCUACAAGGGAAGGGAGCCUGUGAGCAGAGCGUUGUUCCUUUUUUUUUCUUCUUCCUCCAGGCUUCUCAACCAUUUUUCUUGAGAGAAUUCAACCUUUGGAAAGCAAGAAUUUCACAUGGUACAGGUGUAGUGGACCAGUGUGACCUGACCUGCCGCGGGAGGUCACACGUCAUUUAUUCUAAUCCUGUAGAUGAGACACACCACCAUAAUGCACUGUAGUCAGUUGACUGGAUUGACUCGUGUCUACACAAGUCCAAACUUAGUGCCACCAGUCAAGAUUGCUGCCUUUUAGAAUGGCCAGAAUCAACUUUUUGGCUUCUACUUUUUGUUGUUGGAUCGUAAUUCUGUUGAUGAAAAUGGUGCUCCAGAGUGUUUUAUGUGGUUAACAUAUUCUUUUAAACAUUAUUUAAAAAAAUCUUUAAUGAAGGGUUAAGGUAAAGAAGCUGAAAGUUACAGUAAUCUCAUUAAUAUUGAUUAAGAGUUCAAGGCAUUUUAAAAAUCUUUUACGUGCUGAAAUUUCCCUCAUUGGCUUCUCUGGAGCUUCAUUCCACCUUUUAUACAAAUAAGUAACACAAAAAACCCACACACGCAAAACAGAACAAGUGAUUGUUGUUUAAGAAUUGUACAAAACAUUCUCAAGUUCGUCCUGUCUGUGUUUCUUCUUUUCGAACUUUUAGAUUUCUGCAGCCGUCUGACAUUUUGCACUGUCCGUUCCUCAACCUGUUGUGAAAUUGGUCAGGUUCAUCAGUACCCACAGUGUGCGUGUGUGCGCGUGCGUGUGUGUGUGUCACCAUUUUUCUGUGCAGAUUCAAUUUUGCUUGCACACCCAAAAAUCUAAAACUGUCAUAGUUAAAACAGUUUAAAGAUUUCAAUGGUUUGUUUUUGGGCACAGUCGUGUCCUUCUGUUCAUUUUUUUUUUGUUUGUUUUUCCUAUUUAUUCCUGGAAGUUGAUGAUUUUUUUUUUUAUGAAAGCCGCACCAAACUGUGCUCUUAUAAUCUUAUAAGUGUUCCUUUUUUUUCUGUUGAAUGGACAAAGCUGUACAGCGCUGUGUUCUAAAUCAUUUCGUCCACUGCGAUUUUCUGUGCUUUUAUUUUAUUCAUGACUUUUAAAAUGAGAAUAUUUUCUAUCGAAGUGAGUUUAACUCUGGGGGGGCGUGUGUGUCUCUGCAGUUUGUUUUUAGCCUGCCUCUGUUGCAGCAAUUUGAAAUAAAGUACAUUUUCUGACUGCCAAUUUGGUUGUUGGUCAACUCUGUAAAAGAGUAAAAUGUUGUAAAGAAACUACAUUAACACAGUUUUAUGCAGAUCCAAAUCUAAACUCCCUAAUGCAGGAAUUCAUUGGAAUAAAUUAUUUUUUUUGUUAUAUUAAUAAUUGUCAUUUAAACUACAUUGAUGCAAACAGUUUCUGUAUUAAAUAAUACACACUGUUAAUAUGAAGAAGUUUGGUAGCUUUCGAUGAUUAGUUCCAAAAAUCCCACUAGAUCACAUGUUGCUAAAGUCAAUCUCAAUCGCUGGAUGUUGUGUAUGUGCCUUUUAACUUCUUUUCAGCUCUGGUGUUUACAGGUGAUAGGUGACUAUGACUUGCUAUGGAAUUGUGUGCUUAAUUGUUUAGUCGCGUGUGUGCUUGUUCUAACUGCUGUUGCAAUUACUUUACGUGUUGUUUAUUUUACUCAUUUUAAUUUUUUUUAAUUAAAUCAUGUUUGAAACAGAA